CCUGCCCAUGGCCCGCUUGCGUCACGUGACCGACCGAGGGGCCACCCGAGACUAGCGGCGAAGAAGGAGGUUACGCGCGGCGGGAUGGAGGCGACCUUAGAGCAGCACUUGGAGGACACAAUGAAGAAUCCAUCCAUUGUUGGAGUCCUAUGCACAGAUUCACAAGGACUCAAUCUGGGCUGCCGGGGAACCCUAUCAGAUGAGCAUGCUGGGGUUAUAUCUGUUCUAGCUCAGCAAGCAGCUAAGCUAACCUCAGACCCCACUGAUAUCCCUGUGGUUUGUCUAGAAUCAGAUAAUGGGAACAUUAUGAUCCAGAAACAUGAUGGCAUCACAGUGGCAGUGCACAAAAUGGCCUCUUGACAUCUCCUAUCAGUUCUCCAGCAGCCUGUCAUAGGGACUCAGCUGUACCUUAUGUUAAUUAUCUUAUAGAACUAUUAGAGUUCCAGUAAUUAGGCCAUUCAUGUCAUGUGCAUUGGGCACUUUUCUGUUAAUUUUAGAGUAAGCUGCUUUUUGACACUCUGUGGAUUGACUUAUCAAAAUACUAAUUAAGGGAAGUCCCGUGCUCUGAAGCAGCAGGUUUAGGUCACUUUGUAUAUAGAAUUUUGUUACGUUUAAUAAAACUGGUUGCAGGAAAGCUUGGAUCUUUUCUGAAUUCUUUAAACUCUUAUCAAAUGUGUAUUUUUUUCAAUUAUCAAAUUGUAAUUUUUCUUACAAAGGUAACUGCUCCAAACUGUUCUCUUUUGGAAGCUCCUGAAGUAAUAGAUUCUCACAGAAGCAUCCAUGGAUAUGUAAAACAAGCCAAGCAUACUCCUACCCCAUAAUAAAAACAUAA